UUCAUUUUUAAUGUAUUAAAAUAGUUGUAUGCCGCUGUGUCAUCAAAAAUACGUUCAAAGCGGUUUACAGUACAGCAAUAAAAGGGCGGCUUCCGCUUCGUUCACCAGAGGUUCCUGCCUGGGGCCGCUCUGGCAUUGCCUCUCUGUGGUGCUGGCGGAGCGGAUGUUGAUGUCGAAGGAGGCAUGGACGGAGGAGGCGGCUGCAGCGGCGACGAUUCGGUCCCUCCCGCCCCGGGGGGCCUUCUGCAUCAGAUCCUGAGCCUCCACCUGGUGCCUCGCUCGGGAAACGUCACCCGAGCCGCGUGCGCCGAAUCCCUCUGCGAGUUCACAGAAAUGUGGUAUGGCGUCUUCCUGUGGGCAAUGGUGUCGUCUCUCUUUUUCCACAUCCCCGCAGCACUCCUGGCCCUCUUCACUCUCCGGCGGCACAGAUACGGCAGGUUCAUGUCGGUGAGCAUCCUGCUGAUGGGCUUCGUGGGGCCAUUAGCGGCUGGGAUUUUAUCAAGUGCUGCAAUUGCCGGUGUUUACAAAGCUGCUGGAAAGGACAUGAUCCCUUUUGUGGCCAUGACUUUUGGAGUGGGGCAGACCUUCGGUGUGGUGAUGAUUUCUUUCCUACGGAUUUUAGCCACCCUUUAGCAUCUCGCAUCAGACGCCAUUGCAAACAGAGCAGCACCAUGCAGGAUUCUGGGGGUGAAAAGGUCAAAGGGCAUGUCCAUGGGGAAGUUCCUCUAUGCAAGCCCCACUGAAAUGGAUAUGGGAGCCACAGAAGAGCUUUGCCAUGCUCUGACACGGGCCCCAUUAAUUUCACUGGGGAGAACUUCAGUGGAUCCGUGCAAUUUUUCUCCAGUAAUUAUCUCCGGCAGCCUGAAGCAGCCCCAUUUCAUCCUUGGCCAGCUGGCUGAAGAUCCUGGAGGAAACCAUCGUUCUACAAACACAUCUUAUAGUCUCCAGACGACAUUCUGGCACAACCCUGGCUGCUUUCUAACUGAAAAUGAGACAUUGGUGCAGAAUAUUUUGAUCAAGUCUCUUCUUGUCAAACAAUACAAGGAAUGUGUGAGUGAGUGGGGGAUGGAUAGAAGGUCUAAAACUCUGUGGCCCUCCAGAUGUUGCUAGACUACAACUCCCAUCAGCCCCAGCUAGCAUGGCCAACAGUCAGGAACGGUGAGAGCUGUUCCCCUCCAGAUAUUGUUGGAGUUCAGGUUCCCCACCCUCGGUCUGAAUAUUUCUGGAGCACUGCCAUGUAGCCUGGAAAUGUUUGCAUCUGCCAUUGAACAAGCUUUCAGCCAAUUCUUUGUUUAUAUUUUGUAAACAAUUUUGUAACCUUAAGUGCCAAGCUUUUCUGUUUUGGGGUAAUUUUUUUUUAUUCAGCAAACAAAUGUGUGAUGGUGAAGCUGUCUUACUCUAAUUGAAAGUAUCCAUCCUAGGAUAGUACCGCUGGAGAAACUUCACCACUAAAUCUGAUCUGAAUGCACUUUAAUGGACUUAAACCUUUUCUUAUGGAAGAAUGUGAAUUAGAAGCUGUAAGGGAGAGGGUGAGGGGCUUCUUCUGCAAAAAAUCUUCUUGGAUUCUGGUCAUUGCUGUGUUUAGACUGCUGUGAAGGCUGAGACAAAAGUGGUGGUGGGGAGAAUGCUUUGUUGCUACCUCAAAUACGUGGCAUGGAUAUGAAGUGCAGUUUUACCAAACCGUGCAGGUUCUCGCUGUGUCCCUUGUUUGUGAAACAAAUGGUAGUUGGAUGAAAUCCAGUAAAUGCUACGAUAAUCAGUUCCUGAACGCUGGGUUGUACCCUUGUUAAUAAUGUCCUUGAUGAUUAGGUUGUACAGAUUCCAUGUGAAACAUUUCUUAACACCUGUAUUACGUGAGGAGUAUUGUGAUAAUCUAUUGUCUUGAAUCUUGUUAUAUAGGCCUGGAUUUUUAGAAGUAUGUAUAUAGGAACAGUGAUUGUCCUGCAGUCAGCUCCCUGCUGUGGGGACUUGGGUCUUUCUUUUUGGAACCCUACAAGUGCCUGGGCAAUUUGCCUCUCCUCCAGGGUCCAGUCUUACUACUGUUGCCAGCCCAUUGUUACUCCUCAAGUGCCAUCCUCUGCAGAGUCAUGACCAGAAAUGCUUCCUCCAGAGAUUUGGGGGUGGCAGAGAUUCUAGGUGUUUACUGGUCCGUCUUUGGAAGAUAGAUCUUUGCAUUCUCACUCUUGAGGCCAUUGCAGCAUCAAUUCAUAUUUUGGGUGGGGGGGAGAUGUACAGCCCUCUCCUGAGACUGUACAGUGUCAAAAUACAAGCAGGAAAUGAUAGUUGUGGAAUGCUUUGAAACAAACUUCCCCUACAUCCUUUAGGAGAUGAUGUUUCCCUGAAUGUUUAAAUUGGCUCUGAUCAGUUAGGCUUUUAAAAUAUAUAUAAUCCAAGUUCUUGGUGAAAUGCAUCUUUUUCUCCAGUACCUCUCCCGUUCCCCAUGUCACCCUUCCAUUGUUGAACUCGGGCCAUGUGAUUGGCUUUGCCAAGCAAUGACAGACCUUUACUUCGUCAAUUGCAGAGGCUGACUGGGGGAGGGGGGUUGUGGCAGGUAGGUAGGGAACGGCUGUCUUUUUUGUAGGUAACAAAUCAGGAUUAGCCAGUCAGAUUCUCUGACCACAUCGUAGUAUUUCCAACCACUUGGUUGGGGCUUCCCCAUGCCUUAAGGCUGGUUGAGCACUUUAGAGCUAUAAUUUGUCACUUUAACUUUCCCCUGAUCUGAAAAACGUUGGUAUCGUAUUCUGAUCUUUUUUUUUCCUCUUAACUUUCUACUCUUUAGUUUAAUUUGUUAACCCCCUGUUAAGUUUUUUGGGGGGAGGGGAAGGGUCUACCAAACGCUUAGCAAAUGUGAAAUCUGUUGAAUUCCAGUGAAGCCUAAAAGAGGAUCUCUUGUGAAUGCAUCAAUGCUGUUUACUGUUCUCAUGAACCCCACCGUGUGUCAGGACUGCAGCCGACAGAACCCCCUUUUCUUCAGCAAGCUCUUUCCAUGGCCUGCAUCCGUGAGCCCAACUUUGUGCGGGAGAUGAAGAGCUCUUUCCCUCCCGAAUUGUUCCACUAACUGCUGCGGCAAACGUGAACAAAGCUUUAUAAGGCAGGGAGAACAGGACUGUGAAUAUCAGUUUUUAUUUUUCUACCGACACUUCUGAUUUUCACGUUUGGUAUUUUAGCUAAUAAAAUCCCAAUUGAUCCUUG